CGAGAAUAUCCCACCAAGUACCCAAGAAGAUGAUCAACAAGGUCCGCACGAUCCAGAGCAGCAAGCGCGCCCGCGGCUCCGCGAAGAAGUCCAAGAAGCUCCAGCAGCUCGAGCUGCUGCAGGCCGUGGAGGCCGCGACCCUCGACGAGCUCUUGAUCGUCCCCCUCGUCCCGACGACCGAGACGACGAGCUCCAAGACGACCCCCAGCAUGCCCAUGAAGCCCAGCGACGCCCAUGACGACGAGAAGACGGACGUCGAGGAAGACGAAAGCGAUGCGAAUGACGACGAGGAAGACGUGGUCGUCGUCGCGAGCCCGACGGCGUCGAGCGUCUGCACGCGCUUCCUCAGCAAGAGCUUCUGGAGCCCCAAGGACAUCAAGGCGCACGCGUCCGACCCUGAUGCGACCUUCUCGGUGAGCAUCCCGAGCUUCCGCGAUAUGGACGAGGGGUACAUUGCGUACAACGUCGUGGUUGAGACGCCGUACCACACGUGGGCGGUCGAGAAGCGCUACUCGGAGUUUGUGCUAUUGGCGCAGACGCUGCAGCUCAAGGAGAUCCAUAUGGACCUCCCGCCCAAGACGUGGUUCAAGGUCACGCAAGACACGGUCUUAUCCGACCGGCGAGAGCGCCUCGAGGCGGCGUGCGUCGACCUGCUCCAGCGCGACAACAUGACGUCGGUCCCGCUUGUGCGCGAAUUUUUCCAGCUCGACGUCUUUGCCAUGAGCUUGACCGACGUUAGCCCGUAAACGUCGUGUCGUUCGAGCGCUCCGCAUGGACGACCGCUUGUGGCCAGGCCUCCACCGACAAAAUCGCACGUCCCCUCACACGACGACCAUGUACCAUUAUACCAACCUCAUUAGCCUGCUAGCCCACACCUCCAUGUGAGACCUUAUUAUAAACCAUAAAAUACCCUCCAUUUCCACCAC